AUGGACACAGCUAAGAGUCCAAGGGGGACAGAGCAAGUGUCCAAGGUGACACAGCACGUGUCCAAGGACAACAGCAAGUGUCCAAGGACAGAGCAAGUGUACCAAGGGACAGAGCAAGUGUCCAAGGGGACAGAGCAAGUGUCUCAAGGGGGACCACAGCAAUUGUCCAGGGGACAGAGCCAAGUGUCCAAGGGAACACAGCAAUCUCCCUCUCCCCAGUCUCCCUCUCCCCAGUCUCCCUCUCUUCAGUCUCCCUCUCCCCAGUCUCCCUCUCUUCAGUCUCCCUCUCCCCAGUCUCCCUCUCUUCAGUCUCCCCUCUCCCCAGUCUCCCUCUCUUCAGUCUCCCUCUCCCCAGUCUCCCUCUCUUCAGUCUCCCUCUCCCCAGUCUCCCUCUCUUCAGUCUCCCUCUCCCCAGUCUCCCUCUCCCCAGUCUCCCCUCCCCAGUCUCCCUCUCUUCAGUCUCCCUCUCUUCAGUCUCCCUCUCCCCAGUCUCCCUCUCUUCAGUCUCCCUCUCUCUCCAGUCUCCCUCUCCCCAGUCUCCCUCUCUUCAGUCUCCCUCUCUUCAGUCUCCCUCUCCCCAGUCUCCCUCUCCCCAGUCUCCCUCUCCCCAGUCUCCCUCUCUUCAGUCUCCCUCUCCCCAGUCUCCCUCUCUUCAGUCUCCCUCUCUUCAGUCUCCCUCUCUCUCCAGUCUCCCCCUCCCCAGUCUCCCUCUCCCCAGUCUCCCUCUCCCCAGUCUCCCUCUCCCCAGUCUCCCUCUCCCCAGUCUCCCUCUCCCCAGUCUCCCUCUCUUCAGUCUCCCUCUCCCCAGUCUCCCUCUCUCCAGUCUCCCUCUCCCCAGUCUCCCUCUCCCCAGUCUCCCUCUCCCCAGUCUCCCUCUCUUCAGUCUCCCUCUCUCCCCAGUCUCCCUCUCCCCAGUCUCCCUCUCCCCAGUCUCCCUCUCCCCAGUCUCCCUCUCCCCAGUCUCCCUCUCUCCAGUCUCCCUCUCCCCAGUCUCCCUCUCUCCAGUCUCCCUCUCCUGCUCCUCAGAUCUACAACCAACAUGUUUAA